AUGAAGCAUAAAAAGCCAUCUUCACCAACCACUGCAAGAACUGCGUUGAAGAAGCAAGGUGACAACAACAAGUCCCUGCAGAGUCCAACGCAGCCGCGACUCAGAGCUUCUCCCAAGGCUCCAAAGUCGCCACCAGAGUCAUCAUCAACCAGAGCUAAGUCAGUGCCCCCAGACUUGAAGGACGUUUCAAGGGCCAAAAGGGGUGCUGUUGUGGGGUCUCAAAAGGGUAGGGAAGCUGAGGAAGCUAAGGUUGUUGUUGUUGCUCGGCCACGGCGAAGGCUUGGGGAUUUUGGUUUGAGGAAGAGUGAAGAUGAUGAUCCUUAUAGGAUGAAGAAGAACAAGGAGUUGCAGGAGAAGCUUGACGUGAGUGAGAAUUUGAUCAAGAGUUUGCAAUCUGAGGUGCUUUCGUUGAAGGAGGAAUUGGAUAAAGUUAAGAGCUUGAAUGUGGAGCUUGAGUCUCAGAACACAAAGCUAACUCAGAGCCUUGCUGCCGCUGAAGCUAAGGAAGCAACUGUUGGCACUGGCCACAGUGAAAAGAAGGAGUCAAUUGGAGAACACCAGAGUCCCAAGUUUAAAGACAUACAGAAACUCAUUGCUGACAAAUUGGAACUGUCUAGAGUAAAAAAGGAAGGUACUCCUGAAGUAAUUUUUGCUAAAGCAUCAAUUCGUUCACCAACCCCGAGUUUUGCCCUCCAUGACACUACAAGUAUAGGAAGAAAAGCUCCACCCAAUACAUACCUACAGCCACCUCCACCUCCACCACCACCACCACCAAUUACAAGUGUAGGAAGAAAUUCUCUGACCAACGCAUGCCUGCAGCCCCCUCCGCCGCCGCCGAUUCCAUCUUGGCCUUCAGCAAGAUUAGGUAACACCCAAAAGGCCCCUGCAGUUGUUGAACUAUUUCACUCCUUGAAGAAUAAAGAUGGGAAGAUAGACUCAAAAGGAUCCGUGAAUCAUCAGAGACCAGUAGUUAUUAGUGCACACAGUAGCAUUGUGGGAGAAAUUCAAAACCGUUCAGCUCACCUCUUAGCAGUAAGCUUUGCAUUGAAUGUGAUUUUAACUUUGAGAUGCGUACUACUAUUUAAUGAAAGAGUAAUAGCUGACCAUCCUUUCCAGAUAAGGACUGACAUUGAAACAAAAGGAGAGUUCAUUAAUGACCUCAUCAAGAAAGUAGUAGCUGCAGCUUUCACGGAUAUUGAAGAGGUCCUAAAGUUUGUUAAUUGGCUUGAUGCAAAACUAUCAUCAUUGGCUGAUGAGCGUGCUGUCUUGAAGCAUUUUAAGUGGCCUGAGAAGAAAGCUGAUGCAAUGAGAGAGGCUGCAGUUGAGUAUCAUGAGCUUAAAAUGUUAGAACAGGAAAUUUCCUGCUACAAGGAUGACCCUGACAUUGCAUGUGGAGCUGCCUUAAAAAAAAUGGCCAGCCUAUUAGACAAGUCUGAGAGGAACAUACAGAGGUUAAUCAAGCUACGAAGUUCAGUCAUACAUUCAUAUCAAGGGUUCAACAUUCCAACUGAAUGGAUGCUUGAUUCUGGAAUAAUGAGCAAGAUAAAGCAGGCUUCCAUGACUCUGGUCAAGACAUACAUGAAACGAGUGUCAAUGGAGCUUGAAUCCAGUCGCAAUUCGGACAGAGAAUCUAAUCAAGAUUCUCUUUUACUUCAGGGUGUGCAUUUUGCAUAUAGGGCUCAUCAGUUUGCUGGAGGAUUGGACUCAGAAACAAUGUGUGCUUUUGAAGAGAUAAGACAACGUGUACCACGACACCUAGCAGGGUCUCGAGAACUUCUGGCUGGCAUACCAUAA